AUGGAAACCUCGCCGAAACCGACCUUUGAUCAAGACGAAGGUGUCAUUGGCACCGCGAUACUAGCAGAUGAAACCAACCAAAUUCCGACAAAUGGGCAAAAUGGCCACCUCAAGAGGAGCCUCAACAGCCGGCAAAUCAACAUGUUUUCGAUUGCCGGCUCUAUCGGCACUGGGCUGCUGAUUGCAAAAGGUUCUUCUCUAGCUAAUGGAAGGUCUGGCUCGAUGCUGAUAGCAUUUGCUAUUCUGGGCUUCAUCUGUUACAACGUACUUGUUGCUUACGGAGAGAUGGCGACGGCCUUUGCCAUGGACAAGGGAUUCAGUGGACAUGCAGCGCGCUUUGUAGACCCUGCCUAUGGUUCCGAUCAUUUGUAUCAACAUCCCGGCGCUUUCAAUGCUCAUCUCGUUGAUGGAGCAACGGGACGGUUUCUGGGCUGGUGGUCCUGCAUGGUCAGCGCAGGCUUUGUAUACAUGGGGACAGAGAUCGUGGGUGUGGCCUUUGGAGAGGCAGGCAAGCCAUGGAAGGUGAUUCCGCGUGCCAUACGACAAACGUUUUGGCGAAUUCUUUUUCUUUAUGUAGGGGCUGUUUUCCUCUUGGGUUUGGUUGUGCCGUACAACAGCCCUAACUUGAUGACAGCAACUCACUCAAAGACGGGAGCUGGCGCUUCUCCUUUUAUUGUGGCGAUCAAAGAUGCGGGCAUCAGCUUUCUUCCGGGCUUCAUUAAUGGCUGCUUGCUCGUUUUUGUCUUGAGUGCAGCAAACUCGGAUAUAUAUAUCGCAUCACGAACGCUCUACGGUCUAGCUCGCGACAGCUACUUGCUCCAAAGAUUCACCAGAACUUACGGCGCUGUCCCCAUUGCGGCGGUUGGAACGGCUUCAAUUUUCUUUCUCUUGGCGUUGAUGAACGUAACAACUGGCAGUAACCAGGUGUUCAGCGAUUUUGUAUCGCUUGCCACCAUUUUCGGCUUAUUUAACUGGAUUAGCAUCAUGGUUACUUAUCUGUCAUUUCGGCGAGGCAUGGAGGCGCAAAAUAUGCCCCGCGAUAGCCUUCCUUAUAGCGAGUCGUGGAUGAAAUUGAGUCUUGUUGUUUUAUUUAAUGGCGUCGGCGAUUUCAGAACGUCAUUUCAGGCGAAGCCGUUCGUGUUCGUUUACGUGGGAAUUCCUAUUCAUAUUGUGCUCAUAUUGGCUCCAAAAUUCCUCUUUCGAUACUCUCGCGUCCAGCCAGCAUCAAUGGGCCUUUCCACUGGUCGAAUUACUGCCGAGGAGAAACAAGCUGCAGAGAAAGAGGAGAAGGGAGCAAUUUCCCAAAGGGACUGGCGUGUUUUUGCGCUGUUUCGUCAACGGAGACUGUAA